UUUUUUUCCUCUUCUACAGGAGUUACCGAUCCAAAGGUUGCUCCGGAGCGAUCCCGAGCCAUUUGUAGCAUCAAGAUCAAGAUCAAGUUAGUCAGCUGAGCCUGAGUGAGAGCUGACUCGGCUCCAAGAUCCGAUCAUGAUGAAUAAGAUUGUUUUCUUGGCAUGGCUUUGGGCUGCUGUUCUACUGAAGCCAACACUCUCAGUUCUGAUGAGUGUGACAUUUGAUGGAUCUAAUUAUUAUACUCAUGAAAAAAUUAUGAAGAAUUGGGUGGCCAAAGGAAGCUUCCAUGACAACACAUUUAAGGAUGGAUGGGGAUACUUGGAGAUAGAAACCAACCCCUCCUAUCCUGACACAAUCCAGGCUUAUGCUGCUGGGUAUGUUGAAGGUGCUUUAAGUACAGAUAUGAUCUACAAAUCAUACAGAAACACAAUGGAAGGAUUGUGUGAGUGGAAGUCAAAAGAGUUUUGCGACAGUUUGCGCUCUUAUCUCAAAACCAAUUUCCAAUGGAUGCAGACCAUGAUUGCUCAGAAGAGAAACAGUUGUCCAGUCUGGCAUAAUGUAGAAUUAAUUUUAGCUCAACUUCAAGGAGUCACUGAUGGCUACAAUAAAACUGCCAAGGAACCCAUGAUGGAAGGUGCAAUUCUGCUGCUGAAUCUAGCGGGUGAUCUUGAAGACUUGGAAUCAGCACUGAGUCCCGAGCUUCAAGAGAUGAGUAUGGAGGAAUGGGUGAAGUCUGGACGCAUCAUUGGGGAUGGCCAUUGCUCAGCACUGAUUAAGGUUCUUCCAGGCAACACUGAACUUUAUGUCUCGCAUGUCACCUGGAACACAUAUCAGUCCAUGCUAAGAAUUUUAAAGAAAUAUAUCUUCCCAUUCCGCCGCACAGGAGUAUCAGACCCAGAUGAUAUAAAUCCUGGUCACACUGUGUCCUUCUCAUCUUAUCCAGGAUUGUUGUCUUCAGGGGAUGACUUUUAUAUAAUGUCAUCUGGGCUGGUCUCUUUGGAAACUACUAUUGGUAAUGGCAACCCAGCUUUAUGGAAGAAUGUCACAGCCACAGGAGAGUUGCAGGAAUGGAUUCGUACAAUUGUUGCAAAUCGUCUUGGCAUUGAUGGCAAGAGCUGGUCUAAUUUCUUCUCAAUGCACAACAGUGGAACUUACAACAACCAGUGGAUGGUUGUUGAUUAUAAGCUCUUCAAACCACGAAAGAAUAUCAGACAAAACACACUGUGGAUCUUGGAGCAACUUCCUGGCAUAAUUGUGGCUAAGGACCAGUCACAUAUCCUACGUAAGCAGUCAUAUUGGCCUAGCUACAAUACUCCAUUCUACAAAUCUAUAUUUAAUCUUAGUGGAGCUCCAGCCAUGGUUGAACGUUUUGGUGAUUGGUUUUCCUAUGAUAAAACUCCUCGAGCUUUGAUUUUCAAGAGAGAUCAUAGUUCUGUAAAAAAUUUACGUACUAUGAUCAAACUAAUGAGAUACAAUAACUUUCAGUAUGAUGAACUCUCAAGAUGUAACUGCACUCCUCCAUAUAGUGCAGAGAAUGCAAUUUCUGCCAGAAAUGAUUUGAACCCUAAAAAUGGGACCUAUCCAUUUGGAGCAUUGGGUCACAGAUCCCAUGGGGGAACAGACAUGAAAGUCACAAACCUUAAAAUGGCAGGGAAACUUUCAUUUCUUGCUGUCAAUGGUCCAACAUAUGAUCAGCAACCAGUUUUCAAGUGGAGUGAAAAGGACUUUGCAAAUAAUACUCCUCAUUAUGGGCAUCCAGAUGCAUGGAACUUCCCUGUAAUUGGUGUCCGAUGGUUGUGGUAGUAAAGUUUUAGUUGAUAUAGAAUAAAUACCUUAAUAUGGUUGUGACCUACUGUUGUGCCACUGUAAUAGUCCAAUUACCUAUGGUCUGUUUGUAGCUAACAUUAAGGUAAAGGGUAGAUGGAAUUUGAUUUGGGAAUUCAAACUCAGUGCAUUCAAGACUUGUUUAUAAACAACUAAUUAAGGAGAAAACGAUAUGCAAUAUAUAUUGUAAGAAACAGGAAAGUGCUUGCCUUUCUUCUCAUUCCAUAAUGAAGUACACUACCUAUAGGCAGUCAGAUAGAACAAUGAAACUCAAAAGAGAUUUUACUAGAGAUGUACCGAUGCAUCGGUAUCGGUAUCGGAAUCGGUGGUAUCGGCCCAUUUUUGGGUAUCGGUAUCGGUAUCGGGUUAUUUUAUGCCGAUACUUCCGAUACCUAAAAGAAAUUUACUACUUAGUGUUAUAUUCGAUAUAAGAUAUGGAUGAUACCAAAUUAAUAUAAUACGGCGUAUUAAGUUUCUGUGGU